AUGAGUAUCAUGAUACCUCACACCAGGCAGAUGUGUCUUUGCUACAUUGCAAUUGCCUUCACUCUCACUGAAGCUACAUCUCGUGAGCUGGACCAACCAAAAGUACUGCUGGUAUCGUUUGAUGGAUUUCGAUGGGAUUACAUCCAUAGAGUUCCAAUGCCACGCUUUAAGUAUGUCAUGGAAAAUGGUAUUCAUGUAAAUCGGGUUACAAAUAUUUUCAUCACAAAAACCUAUCCAAACCACUAUACCCUUGUUACUGGGUUAUAUGCAGAGAACCAUGGGAUUGUAGCAAAUGAAAUGUAUGAUCAGGCCUUAAAUAAAACCUUCUCUAUGAAUGGAAUGGACAUAUAUGAUCCAGUCUGGUGGGAUGAGGCAUAUCCACUUUGGGUUACAAACCAGAUUCAAGGCCACAAGAGUGGGGCUGCAAUGUGGCCUGGUACUGAUGUUCAAAUACGUGGGAUGUAUCCAACUCACUACAUGAUCUAUAAUAUCUCUGUUCCUUUCGAGGAUCGAGUGACUCAGUUGAUUGACUGGUUCAGAGGAAAAGAACCUGUUAAUUUUGGCCUGUUGUACUGGGAAGAACCUGAUCAGUCAGGCCAUGAGUUCGGGCCUGACAACCCUUUCAUGGAUAAAGUCAUUGUAGAUAUUGAUUUAAAGCUUGGUCACCUUGUAGAACAACUUAAGAAUGCUGGACUCUGGAACACAAUAAACUUAAUAGUCACAAGUGACCAUGGGAUGACUCAAUGCUCGAGAGACAGGAUCAUUGAAUUAGAUCUAUACAUUGAUCGUGAUCUGUACACAUGGAUUGAUUUUACACCAGUUUCUGCUAUAUUGCCCAAAGAAGGCAAAAACAAUGAGAUAUAUGAUGCUUUAGUGAAUGCUCACCCCCAUAUGACUGUAUACAAGAAGGAGGAUAUUCCAGAUCGCUUUCACUAUAAGCACAAUAAGAGAAUUCAACCAAUAAUAGCUGUGGCAGAUGAAGGGUGGACAAUUAAUCAAAAUAAAACAACUGGAAAAUUUAAUUUGGGUAAUCAUGGAUAUGAUAACACCAUAAAAAGUAUGCAACCAUUACUGAUCGCCCAUGGUCCUGCUUUCAAGAAGAACUUUACCAAGGAAACCAUGGAUAUUGUUGACCUCUACCCAUUAAUCUGUCACCUAUUGGGAAUUGAUCCAAUGUCAAAUAAUGGCACCUUAAACAAUGUUCAAGAAUUAUUAGUUAAUGGAAAAGUGAUCACAACUGAAGGUUCAGCUGUGGAUAUUGUAUACCAGGAUGAAAUAAAUACCAGGGGUUCAUACGCUUGGCUAGGUAUUCUCCUUGGUAGUGUACUGGUUGUUGGUUUUCUUAUAGUAUUUGUACAGCAAGUUACAAAAAGACAGAUGUCUGGAUUGAAUAUUCACCAAAGUGAAAUGUCUCAACCCUUGCUGUCAAGUUAUAUUUGA